CUUUUCUUUCUUUCUUUCCCUUUUUCUUCGUCUCUUCCGAUAAACCUUCCUCACCCACUCUCAUUCUUAUCGAUUUGUUAACAAACAACAAUGACCGAGACAUCUAAUACAGAUUUUAAGGUUAGCGCAACCGCUAGUCUCUACAAUGUGCUGAAGAAGGUUAUCGCAGAUUUGCCCCAGAUUGAAGCAUACCAUACCGCUAAUUCCAAACCAACCCCUCCCGAUCACGAAGUUUCGAGUUUUAAUCAUAAGCAUGCGACCGUUCGUGGCUACGUGUAUCAUUACGUCGAGGAGGGGGACCCUAAGGGCAUUCCAAUAGUUCUAAUCCAUGGCUUCCCAGAACUCUGGUAUGGAUGGCGUAACCAGAUCCGUCACUUGGAAAAGGAAGGCUACCGUGUUAUAGCAAUCGAUAAUCUUGGCUUUGGAGGCAGUGACCACCCAAGAUGUGAAGCUGGGGAUUUAGAUCCUUAUAGAGCCAAGAACCUGGCUGCAAACGUGGUCGAACUUUUAACACAAUUGAAUAUCGAUAAAGCUGUAAUCAUAGGCCAUGACUGGGGCGCCUCUAUUGCCUGGAAAACCGGUCUACACUUUCCUGAACGCUGUCAUGCUAUCAUCGGUCUCGGCAUUCCACAUUUUCAACCUGCGCGAGAGUACAACGAUCCUGAGACGAUUGCCAAGAUGAUCCCUGAGCUCGGUCAUUUUGCUACCUUCCAAAGCAAAGAUGUUGAGCACUGGUUCAAUAGCGAUCCGCAUACUCAAGCUGUAGCUUAUUAUAACGCAAUGUUCGCUAUAGCACCCGGGACAAAUGUCGAGCAAAAGCAGUACUACAUUGACCAAUUCACUCGGACUACGUUUCAUGGCGGUUAUAAUCUCUAUCGUGCUGGCCGCCUCAAUUACGAGGAUGAACUGCCAUAUGUCGACAAGCCAUACACAGUGCCUUCGCUUCUAAUUGUGAUUGAUCAAGAUCAUAUGGUGCCACGGACCUUUGUAGAAUCACAAAAUACAGAUACUUUCGUUAGUCUAGAAAUAGACCAUGUUGAUGGAGACCACGGAGUUCAUUCUACCAAUCCAGAAAGCGUCAAUCAAGUGUUCUCAAAGUUCCUGACGAACUUCUUUCAUCGUAAAGAUAAAUCUGUUCAACAUGAUGAGAAGAAGGCACGGGAGUAAAUAUAUACUUUAAGCUUAAGAGAAAGAAAAGAUUAGUAAAAAAAAUCUUCAACAUGGUUUCUGUUGUUGCAUGCAU